AUGAGAGUUCCUGAUAGAAUAUCAUUAGAUCCGAGUAGUUUACCACAGGUGAAUCUACCAUUCGAUUCUUCUGAAAAUGUCAAUAUGAAAGUGCCAGAAAGAAUAGUUAUGUCUGGUGCUCAAAAUCAGUCAUCACCACACAUAGUAUUCAACCCACGUGGAG